AUGGAAUUGAUAACUGCAGAAAUGGAAGGUGAAGCAAGUGUGUUGCCACCGGAAUACGCAAUCUUCCUAAGUCAAUCACAAUCCCUUGCUAAUUUGGAAAUCCAAAACCAACAUUUAAGACAUCAAAUGGUGUUUUCUCCACAAAGUGAGUGUCAAAUGCCUUACACAAGCUCUUUGAGUGAUUGUGGAGGAAGUCAAUACUCUUUGACAACAGGACAACUUGUGCACAAUUAUCACAACAUUCAUAAUAAUGGGGGGAGACGAUAUUGGUCUUCAGAAGAGCAUAUCCUUUUUCUUAAGGCAAUCACAUGGCUAAAUGCAACCAGUACAAAGCAAUUACCUGUGAAACUCAUUAGCGAAUUUGUCAGGACACGGACACCAGUUCAAGUCCGAACCCACGCACAAAAAUAUUUCGAGUCGCUUAAAAAAACGGUCAUCACACAACACAAAACUUCGAUGACUUCAGACGUCGUUCUUGAUCAAGACGAUAUUGAUAGACUUAACAAACUGAAAGAAAAUGCGACGCAUCAUUAUUCGGAAAUAUGA